GUGCAAAGGGAUCCACCCACCACGCUUAUGUGGCUCUGAGCUCCAGUGACGCCGAGCUCAAAACUUAUUUGAGGAAGACAAGGAGACUUGCCUGUGCUGGAUUUUACCUGGAAGGUGAUCAUAAUUGACUGCUCCCAGUCAUAAUCCUGAAAAGUGGAGAAGUUCUCUCAAAAAAGUCCCAUGAUGGCAGAACACGGUGAUCCUUGCACUGGAUCAGAAUCCAACUAUUGUAUGAAUGGAGGAACAUGUUUUAAAAUUCCCUCUGUGUCUACACCCACCUGUGUAUGCAGUGCGAACUACGAGGGCAGCAGAUGCGAGCAGUUUCAGCUGCUCAGUUUCUCACACAGCACUGAGGAGAAGGGUAUGAUCGCCGGUGUGAUCAUCAUCCUCCUCGUCAUUAUAGUGGUGCUUGGCGUGGUCAUCUAUUACAGCUGCAAAAUGAAGAAAGCUGCCCAAAGUCAACCAAAACCUGCAGAAGAGUACUGGAGGGUCAAAUCAAGAGUAUGAGAUUUACUGAGGCUGUGUGGAUUCGACUUUUGGAACUCACUAGGAAAUGUGGCAUGUGGACUCGACAUUCGCAGUUAAAAGAGGCCUUGAUGUUUAUGUACAACGCUGCUAUGAUUGUGGAACACGUACAUGUGGCCGUUAUCUUGUGACAUCACCCCCUUGUGGAGGUCUUGGACAGUGAAUGUGUGUUAAAACACAAUACUUUGGUUUUGUUGCUCCGAGUGCCAGCUACCAACAAACCAUCUAUCUUAUUUUUAUUUUUUUUACUUUAUAAAUAGUUUAAUAGAUUAAAGCGUAUUGAUUUAAAUAUGUCACAAAACGAUGCAGAUUCUGCAGAAAUUAACAUUAGACCAGACAUCAGCUAUUUAACAAAAAAACAUUUCAAAAUAGCAUCCUCACAUACUGUAUAUAAUAAAUUUCAUUAAAUCUAUUUAAGGGAGGGUGGGGUGAGGGGGUUGGUUGCUUCAUGAUAUUCAGAAGCAAACAAGUAUGUGGUUAACACCUGCCAUUUUGUGUGUGGAUUUUUGCAGUGUGCCUUUUUUUUUUUUUUUUUUUUUAUUGGCUAAAACUUUGAUAACAUAGGGAUGCAAUAUCCUCUUAUCUAAUUUUAUAAUAAUCUCUUAUCUCUUAUAUAAUAAAAUGCAAACUUAUUCACUCAUAUUAACUCCCAAUAUCUAAAAUUAGCAUCGGACUACUCUUAACGUCAUAGACAGGUUAAAUUCAUCACACACGGUUAAUUACACCAUUAUUCCUUCUACUAAUGUGAACACAAAUCUGACAAUAAAGUGAGGUUAACUUCAGUGGAAUUCCACAAACGCUGGAUAAUUAAAAUACUUGAUAUUACAUCAUACCAACUGAGUCAUGUUUCAAAUAAAGUUUAACUUUGAAGUAAAACACACGUCUUGUUCCUCACAAUGUGUGGGGGUGUGUUAAUAAGUCAGGUAGGCCUAAAUUUAACUAUAGACCUUGUUCACGCUAGCGCCAUCUUUGAUUUUUCAUGAGAAUAACAAUGAGGCUGUGAGGGAUAGACUUACAGUCUCUUCAAUGGGCUGUACUGCAGUUUAAAGUGUUUUUGGAUCAUUCCACGGACAAAACAUUGAUAAAAUAUCUGUCCAAGAACAUUCAGUAUACAAAGAACUCCAGACAACAUGAGCUGUGGAAAAUCAGAUAUGAUCUAGGAGCUUUAUACAGCUUUAUAACGUUCGUACCAUUGAAGAGACUGUAAGUCUAUCCCUCACAGCCACGUUGUCAUUCUCAUUAACAAUCAAAACAAAGUCAUUAAAAAUCUGAACAAAGUCUGUGGUUAAAUUUAGGCCUACCUGACACACACCCACACAUUGUGAGGAACAAGACGUGUGUUUUACUUCAAAGUUAAACUUUAUUUGACGCAUGACUCAGUUGGUAUGACGGAAUUUCAA